AUGUUGGCCCGUAUUCUGUUCCUCGUCGCUUUAGGAAGUAUUGUUCAAGCACAGACGACAUAUACCGGCUGUCAUAAUCACUCAAGUGUCGAGUAUUGCUAUGGCCCAGAUGGCGAGGAGACUGCUUUGCACACAUAUUCUUCAAUCGCCCCUACCACGUUAUCAACAGCGACUUUGCCAGCUUCCGUGUCGGCUUCUGCCACUAUCACUGGACAAACUACAGCGGUAACGGGUUGUCAUUCGCACGGCACUGAGACCUAUUGCAUAAACGGCGCCGGAGAAGAAGUUUUGGUCUCCUCCACGGCUACAGCUACUGGAGAUCCCCCAGCGCAGUACACAGAUUGCCAUGCUCAUGGAGCUGAACAAUGGUGCAUGGCUCCUGACGGAUCUGAAGUGCUUGUUGUAGCAGAAAGCUCCGCCACCUCUGAAAGUGAUGACCAUAGUCACGAAAGUUCUGGAGAUGAGGAACAAGAAAUGGAUUGUCAUUUCCAUGCCGGAGUAGAACAUUGCGUUGCUGCCGGUGGAAGUGAGAGCGGAACUGAGGAACUGAAUUGCGGCCUGACUGAACGAGACUACGAUAUUGGUUUACGAGUCGGGACACUUUUCGUGAUCCUUGUUACGAGUGGACUUGGUGUCUUUGCUCCGAUUCUACUCAGUAAGCUCCCAUUUCGAAGUAUGAAUGCUUCGGCAUUUACAAUCAUCAAGCAAUUUGGUACUGGUGUUAUCCUAUCAACUGCUUUCAUUCAUCUAUACACCCAUGCCACAUUGAUGUUCAACAAUCAAUGUUUGGGUUCACUCGGAUAUGAGGGUACGACCUCCGCAAUUGUUAUGGGUGGAAUUAUUCUUGCAUUCCUUUUUGAAUACGUUGGCCAUCGGUUCAUUAUUGCACGCGGAAGGUCUCGCGAACAUGCUAGCAACUCUGGAAGUGAGGAGACAACUACAACGACCGAGUUCGGCAAGGACGAAGUUGGAAAUCCGGGUACAGAUGCUGUUGCUGGGCCACCUGCACCAGCAUACAAAUCCAACAACCUUACAAAUUUGGGCCAUAAUCAUGGUAAUCCUCUUGAUCCAGCCAAUCCCAACUCGAAACUAUCGGUCAUGGUUAUGGAGGCAGGGAUCUUGUUUCAUAGUAUCCUUAUUGGCUUGACUUUGGUUGUCGCUGGCGAUUCCUUCUAUAAGACUUUGUUGGUCGUCAUAGUAUUUCACCAAUUCUUCGAGGGCUUGGCACUUGGCGCACGCAUUGCUUUACUUCCAUCAAAGUUUGCAAGCUUUUGGAAGACUAAGUUCCCCAUGGCUGUGGCAUUCACUCUCAUCACCCCUCUCGGAAUGGCGAUCGGGCUAGGGGUUAUCAACAACUUCAAUGGCAAUGAGAAAAGUACCAUCGUGGCUAUCGGAACGCUAGACGCACUCAGUGCUGGCAUUCUUAUCUGGGUUGGAGUCGUUGAUAUGUUGGCAAGAGACUGGAUCCUCGAUGGUGGUGAGAUGCUUCACACUAGUGUUGGCAGAACUCUUGUUGGAGGAGUCAGCCUGUUCGCUGGAAUGAUAUUGAUGAGCGUGCUCGGCAAAUGGGCAUAA